UUGUUCCUGCUCUCUCUCUCUCUCUCUCUCUCCACCCCUAUCUCUUUACGGGACUCUGGCAGGCCGGUAUUCCAGGAAUGUGUGGAACAUGGCGGCCGCAGCGAAGGCUCCGAAAAGCGGACUGCUCGAGGUUCGCCUGGCCGCGGAGCGCUGGAGCCGGGUGUUAGCGACACUCAGCGGGGACACGCUCACUCUGAGCCCGGGGGAUGUGAGCGCUGAGGCGGCUAAAAGCGCGCCGGCCACCGGUGGCACUGUGAAUGGAGAGCCGGGCAACCUGAGCUCUCCUGCUGUCCCGGACUCCAUCAGCAACGUGAAGAGAACCGUGCGAGUUACCAAGCAGGACGUGGGAGGACUCGGCAUCAGCAUUAAAGGUGGGAAAGAGAAUAAGAUGCCCAUCCUGAUUUCAAAGAUCUUCAAAGGACUUGCAGCAGAUCAGACUGAGGCUCUGUAUGUCGGUGAUGCCAUUUUAUCUGUCAAUGGAUGCGACCUGCGAGAAGCUACUCAUGAUGAAGCUGUACAAGCUCUGAAAAAGACAGGGAAAGAGGUCAUCUUGGAGGUAAAAUACAUAAAAGAGAUGUCUGCGUUUUUCAAGAAUUCGUCUUCAGGCACUCCCUCUCUUCUGGACUCUCCUCCCUCCACACCACAGAGGCAGGUCGACCCAGUCAUGAAGGAAACCAGAAGCAUUCCGCUGAAAAUGUGCUAUGUUACCCGCAGGCAGUGUCCACCAGACACGGAGGACAGAUAUUUUGAGGUGGUGUCAGCAGACAGGAAGCAGUCUGCGUUUUUAAGGGCAAAGGAUCCAGCGAUGGCCCAGUCCUGGUAUAAUGCUAUCCAAGCAGGCUGCGCUGCGCUGCUCUCUUCGGCUAAAGACAGUCUCAGAGCCCUGCAGCCAGGCAUGGACAUCACACACAUCGGCUGGAUCAUAGAGCAGGGAUCCGAGAGGCCGAUCCUGGCGGUGCUGACAGACAGAGAUCUGUUGUUGUAUAGCUCUUUGCCUGAGAGCAGAGAGAGCCUUAAUAGCCCAGACAAGAGCCAUCCACUCAUUACCACCAGGCUCGUCCAUUCUGGGCCUGGAAAGAAUUCGUCAGGACAGGAUUCCGAUUUAACAUUCGGCCUGCGUUUGGGCACGAAGCAUGGUGUGGAGACUCACCUGUAUCGAGUGGACACUGCAAAGGAACUGUCCACUUGGAGCCACCUCCUGGUGGAGGGCUGUCACAAUGCUGCUGAACUCGUUCAGGAAGUUACUACAGCAUGCAGUUGGAACGGUCAGUCAUGCAUGCUCAGUGUUCACAUAGAGAGCGGUUUCACUUUAUUCACCGAGGAGGCAGGUGUGAGGAGACAUAUUCUUCUGCAGCAGCCUUUUGAGCGCCUGCGCAUGUCCUCUGACGACGGAGUGCGCAUGAUCUUUCUUGACUUUGGAGGCCCGGAGGCUGAGAUUCAACUGGAUCUUCAUGCCUGUCCUAAGACCAUCGUCUUCAUCAUUCACUCUUUUCUCUCAGCCAAGGUGAAGCGUUUAGGCCUGCUUGCAUGAGCGCCGAUGUUUCUAAACUCCACACGAUGACAUGAGGCACAACUGGAUAGUUGGAAGGUGGACCAGACAGAUUUAAUACCAGGGACUGCCAUUGGUGGACUCUUACCACUGUUGUCCAACAAACAAUAUAAAGCCAUGUAUCAAAAUGUGUUUAUCUUAUUUUACAUGUUUUAUAGAGAAUAUUUUGUGUGCCAUAUGAAUUUCUAUGAAACAAUUGUUGGCGGCAGAAAAACAAAGCAAAUAUUUGCAGGAAAUACUUAUUGAAAAAAAGAAAAUCAUGGCAAGAAAAUGGUUCGAAUCCAACGGAGAAAGUGGUGUAAUCUGGUCUAAUGGCGUUGAUACUAGCUGACGUACUGCAAAGAGGAAUUUCACAUCAGAGAUCAAAUGUAAACAUACAGUAUAUAUAUAUAUAUAUAUAUAUAUAUAUAUAUAUAUAUAUAUAUAUAUAUAUAUAUAUUUCUUGGGGCUUCUGAAUGAUGAGAUUUAAUGCAGAACAAACACAUGGGUUUACUAUAUAAAUUUAAAGCCCUUAAAAGGUAGUGAGAGCCUAAGACUAAUUGAAACAGAUGGGUUGCAUAUCACCAGCCCGGACCCUUCUGGCUUCAACUCAUUGUUAGUCACAUUAAGAGGCACGCUGCCAGCGAACAGUUACCGAGCACCCUACAGUACAGUAUAUCUGCGUGUUUUAGUAUUUUAAAUAUUUUCCACUGAGAAUUGUUUGUGACUUGAUACAUUCACUGUCAGAGAUUGCCAUGAAAAGAAAACCAUAGUUGUGAGUGCUAUUGGGAUUUGAGAUCUUUCCACUUAAUACAUCAAGUUAAAUGCAGAGAGUGAGAUCUUUGAUGGAACAAAGGCCUGAUUCUUUGCAUUUACUUUAUUUAAUGAUCAGUCUCUAGCUUUCAGUUUUGUCUGUGGCACUAAUAGUCCUUAAACUGUAAUAAAACCCCGAAACAAGUGUUUAAAAACUUCUGACUGACAAAGGGGUUCUUUCAUGUGGUUACAGGGGUAAUUAGACUAUCCACAGCACACCCUGCCAUUAAGAGACAACAUAAGCACUCUUUAAAUGAGAUGGUGAGCUGCAAAUCUGGGAAUCUGGGAGUUUCUUCUUCUGAACUACAGCACAGAACAGCCUUCCUAGUUCCUCGUAAGACGCACACUGAAACCGAAUUUAUCACCUUCUAUUUUGCCACUGAAGACUAAUGAAUUUUGAUGUCAUUCUUUUCUCCUGAGGGAAAAAAAAUCCCUCUUCAGCGAGGCUUCUAAUAGACAGGCAGUCAAAUCUAAUUCCGUUUCUCACAUACCUAAUAAUGUAUACGAUUUAAUCUUUUAUCAUUAUUAUUGUUUAAUUCAGAGUCAAUCAUUUCCCGGCAGCUUAUCAAAAUAUGAAAUACAAACAAAAUCACAUUUAGACUUAUUUAUUGAUACAACCUUACAGUUUUAAAUUGAAGUUGAACUCAUGUAAGGCACCUUUUUCUAAUUAUGCUAUCUAAGUCUGCGAUAUUAGUUCUUUGACUUUUUAAUAUUUUUAUUAUUGUUGUUUUUAAAUAUUUACAUAACAGUAAUGAAAUGUUCUUGCACUGCGCCAUAAUACUGAGGAUAACUCGGCCGCCUGAGCUGACCUUUAUGAAAAUAUACAUAUAUUUCUACAUACAAAAUGUAAACCCUUAAUUGUUCAUUGUUUUACCGGAUAAACCUUUUUUUUUUCUUCAUAACCUUUUUUUUUUCAUUUUUUUCUUAUGAGAUGGCAUGCCAAACUGCAGAGUAUUAUAAUACUUUAAGGAACCAUGACACAAUUUGAAACAAUCUUGUCAAAACUUUUUAAUUUCAGAUCUUUACAAGUAUGUUUUUUUUUUUUUUUUUUGUAAUUAUGUAACCAGCAUUUUCGAAAUGACCGAACAGUUUGAAGGAAACAAAAGAAAAAAGCAUUUGUAACAAAUUUUUCCUAAAAUGUAAGCUUAUUUAACCAACACUCCUAUGUAUCUUUAAAGUUAGUGGUCAAACCCAGGAACAAAUUUACUCUUCCCUAAAUAACUAGACUAGUGCUUAAGGACUCUUAUCUGCAGUGUGAGAAUUGUUGAAUUGCUUUGCUUCAUUAUUUUAAAAUUUGUCUUUAACACAUGCAAAAAAAAAAAAAGAAAAGAAAAAGAAAUUUAACUACAACAUGUUAAAACCAUAACAGUUUUGUGCUUGGUGGAUAAGUACUGUAGGUAUCGUUUAUGAUGUGGCCUUUCAGAAAACAAAUUAAUAUAUACUUAAAACAAGAAAUCUGUUAGCUCUUAAAACUGAGACAAAAUUUUAUUGUACAUGCUUAUUUAAACAAGAGUGUGCCUUACAGGGUUUGUACAUAAAAUAAAAUUUAAUAAACUUGACUUGUUGACUUACCUGUUUCUAGU